UAAAAUCCUAUAAACAGUGAACCACGUCGAGCUAUGCAUUUCAAAGUUGAAUAAUGAAUUAAGUAUACUAGCGAAAGUUCUUAAAAUGUUCAAACUUUCGAAAAUAUUCCAACCAUCGUUGGUAGUACCAAAAAAUGCGGUCAUCAAGAAUCAAGACGUUACAUCUAAAAGCCAGAAGCUUAUGCUAGAGCAAGGCCUCAUCCGUCAAGCCGGCAAUGGAACCUUCUACCUGUUGCCACUCCUGCAGCGCUCACUGCAAAAGGCAGUCGAAUUGGUUGACCUCUAUAUGCAGCGAUAUGUCGACGCGGAGAAGCUCACACUGCCAAUACUGACCUCAGCCGACUUAUGGCACAAAAGCGGUCGACUUGAAAGCGCGGGGGCCGAACUAAUGCAGACCACCGACCGACAUGGGAAAAGACAAAUCCUGGGUCCGACCCACGAAGAAAGCAUAACGGCACUGCUAGCAGCGGUUUCCCCGGUAUCCUACCGGCAGUGUCCACUCAGACUAUACCAAAUAUCCUCCAAAUUUCGGGAUGAACUGAGGCCUCGCUUUGGAUUGAUGCGAUCGAAAGAGUUUGUCAUGAAAGAUUUAUACACGUUCGAUGUCGGAUUGGCUGAAGCUCGGCGUACGUAUGAAGAAGUCGGUGAAGCGUACGUAAAGCUGUUCGAGGCUAUUGGAGUGCCUUAUGUGAAGGUGAGUGGAGAUUCCGGAGUCAUGGGCGGAUCGGUUUCUCACGAGUAUCACUUUCUCAGUGAGGUUGGGGAGGAUCAACUGAUUUGUUGUGAUACAUGUGGGAUGAGAUGCAACCAGGAACUGUUCCAAGGUGACAAUAAAUGUGACCGUUGUGGUCAUGAAAAUAUUGUGAGGCAUUCAGGUAUUGAAGUAGCACAUGCAUUUAUACUCGAGGAUAAGUACAGUAAAGUGUUGGGAGCCAAAUUUAUGAAGCCACACGGGAAACCAGGCACACUUCAAAUGGGUUGCUAUGGAGUCGGUAUCACUCGUCUGAUAGCAGCCGGUGUAGAAGUUCUCUCCAGUGAAAAGGAUAUUCGAUGGCCGUUUGCAUUGGCUCCGUUUAAAGUUUGUUUAAUACCUCCUAAAAGCGGAAGCAAGGAAGAAGCACUCGUUGCUCAUUGGGCGGAAAAACUUAUUUCUGAACUAGGUAGAUUGCCCGACCUAAGGUCCGACAUCUUGAUCGACGACCGAACAAACACUACCAUAGGAAAGCGGCUGAUGGAAGCUAAAAAGACAGGAUAUCCGAUUACCAUAGUUAUAGGUCCAAAGGCAUCCGAAGAAGGCAAUGAGCUCUUCGAAAUUCACAAUCAAAUGGAUGAGAAGAUGUCACUGCUUAAUUUCAGUGACACAUUAACCGAGAUAAAAAGAAUUUGUGAUAAAUAUGUGCAAUAAAAAAUCUACAAAUUCACAUCAAACCAUUCAGAACUAAGCUGAUCUCCGUGAGAAAGUAAGUUUUUAUUAAAAACGCCAACAGCACGAUGACAGCCGAUUUAGUCCACGAGCAGCUGCUGAUCACGGAAUGAAUUUGGAUUAAGGAAAUCACGAAGUAGAUCACCACAAGCA